CCCGUUCGUCAUCUUUCAAUCGAACAAGCAGAGAAAAUGAGUGGCAGAGGAAAGGGAGGAAAAGGUCUCGGCAAAGGUGGCGCAAAGCGUCACCGAAAAGUCCUCCGUGACAAUAUCCAGGGAAUCACCAAGCCUGCCAUCCGCCGUCUGGCUCGCCGCGGAGGGGUGAAGCGUAUCUCCGGUCUGAUCUACGAGGAGACCCGCGGGGUUCUUAAGGUCUUCCUGGAGAAUGUGAUCCGUGACGCCGUCACCUACACCGAGCACGCCAAGAGAAAGACGGUGACCGCCAUGGAUGUGGUCUAUGCCCUGAAGAGACAGGGACGCACUUUGUACGGCUUCGGAGGAUAAAUCCUGACUGCUGUUAUCAACACACAAAAGGCCCUUUUAAGGGCCACCCACUAACUUCGUGAAGAGCACCCUUCCUCAUUAAAUGUAAAUAUAUAAUUUUGAAUCGAAAAUGUUUGUACCGCUUGUGUGAACUUUAGUUGUGUACAUUAUCGUCCCUUUUACCCUAAAAAGACCAUACCAACAACUUUUUACUCUGUUAAUUUGUUUUGUGGUUUUUUCGAUAAAAUGAAAAUACGGAAGUACAAGUCAGUUUUCAUGUCAACAGCCCAUAACAAGGACAACACAAUUUAAAUAAUUUGUAUUUAUUCAUAUAACACUUUUUCUGAAUCAUUGGCACUUCAUUUUCAGAUUCUGUAACAAGAUCUGGCUCUGAGUCACUUGAAUCCAGAUCAUAAACCUGAAAUCAGCUCAGUCUCCCUCAUCAUCACUCAAUGAUUCAGAAUGCCAGAACACCCCUCAGUUGCAGAUGCCGCUAGUCAACAUGUUUGUUGAAUUCAAAUAAUUUUAUUUUGUUCAAACCAAAAUGAAAAAUAAGCCUGAGGGAGCUUUACAGUCCGUAAACAUGCAGCAUCCUGUCCCAAAACCAUCACAUUGGCACAUGUAAAACUCCCUUCAACUGGACAAAACCUAAGGGAGAACAGCGGAGGAGUAGGUGUGUACAGAGAGAACAACCUAAAGAUGUACAGUACGUUCAAUUCCUAUGACAGAAAUUAUUCAAAUAUUCAGAGUAGUACGCCAGGUGUAAGGCAGGACAACUGCACGGACAAACGCCAUCAGAUGUAACCUCCAUCAACAGGAACCUGUGAGGAGGGAAGAACAAAGACUUUAGGGAAAAGUGUGUAAUUUGGGUUUAUAAUGACAGUAAUGAAAAGUUUAAUAAUGAUAACAGCAGGUGUUUGAGAACCCUUAUUUAUAGAUUGUUUACUUAUGACAUUAUAAACAAUUCAUCUGCAACUUAUGGCAUUUCUAGAGUAACAUUUCCAGGUAUAUUACACAGUACCAUACUUUACAAUGUUGCUUUAAGCAUGCAGUAACUUACAAUGUUUUGGCUAGCUUGUUUACAGGCCACAACUUGUUGAAUUCAGCUGCGAUCUGUGUUUAGGCCGCAUUGUUUUAAAAACGUGUAUUUUCUACAUGACAUGGGAACGGCAAUAUAUGAUAUGGGUACAGCAACAACCUAACGCAUAACCAACACCAAACACACGGAAAAUACUCUAUGAUGUUUACUUUUGGUCCAGUUCAUGUUGAACGCUAAGCAUGCUCCGAGCUAGCAUGCUAACUAGCAAACUAUCUGCGCUAACGCUAAAUUGCUUACCAAAAUAACAGUCUUUCCCAUAUCGAGUGGGCAGCACAAGUAAAAUAACUGGUUAUAGUUUCAGGUGUGCUUCAUUCAAACACUCACGUACUUAGAGAGUAUUGGGGCCGGUAGCCGUGGUUGUAUCACCCCGUUCACGUCGCUCUGCUCCCCCGGACACACUUCCCCUCGUGCUGCACCUGGUGGAAGCUCUUCAAGCGUCUAAGAACUUGCGCAUGCACGUUACAGAUGUGAUCAGAGUUACGUGUUUUCAACUAAUGUUUGAAACGGCCCGCAUUAUUUUGUCCUUAAAGCAUAUUGUUACGCCCCACCUCCUCUCCCGAGCCGGGGUGGCGGCUGUGGGAUGUGGGGUUCUCUGUGUGUGUCUUCUUGUAUUUACUUUUUAGCUUGUAGAAUAUAUGUCCGCUUGUAGGACAGAUGGCGUGACCGGAUCGGUCCUUAUAAGGCAGACAAUGUGAAUGUUGGAAGAGAGAGCACAGGAAAAAUGAAGAUAAAAUAUUAUCUGAGAUAACACACCUGCGACCGAAGGGAGAGCCAGUUUGAACCCAUUUUCAGGGCAAGGCCGAAGGCUGCAGGAGAGAGUACCAGACACUCAUUGUUCGGGGAAGGCAUUUGUUACAGAAGGAUGAAGUGGGUUGAACCAACGUUCAAGGGCACCAGAGGGAUUAAAACAGGUCAGUGUCAGAAGGCAGGCGGACUUUGGAAGGGAUUUGCUUGCGAUGCGUAUUUCAUUGUCUCCAGAUAUAUCUGCGGAGAAUUGCUCAUGUACAACUUUUUCUCUUCUAAAUAAAUGUUAAACUUUUAAACUAAUUUCCUGUAGUGGAUUCUUCUCGUCAAUCAACUCGGGUGGAUAAGGAAUAUCCUAACACGGCGUAACAGACACACACUCUGUAUUUCCAUAUUCAUGACGUGGUCAUGUUUACAGAAUCAACAAUGUAAUAAAUGUACAAUACAUUCAAUUCCUCUAACAAAAAUGAUACAAGUAAUUGCAAGUAGCAGAACAAGUGUACGGCAGGACCACUGCAGGGACAACCACCAUCAACAGAGGCUUCUGUGGGGAGGGAGAGCAGAAAGAUGUUGGUUUAUGAUGACAGUAAUAUGAAUCAUAUUUAAAAUAAUGAUGACGGCAGCAGCAGUUGUCACCAGAACCAUGCCAGGAGUCAGAACCGGGGUCCGCACGACAGUGGCGUAUCCAGAACAUUUUUACUGGGGUGGCAAAGCUAGUGUGGGGUGGCCAUGGUAGACGGCGCUGUCCCCAUUUAAGCAGCAAUUUAACAGAUCCUAUAUACAAUCCGUUACAUAUAUAUAAACAAUUUUAACAAAAACCAAACAAAUCUUAACUCCAAACAAAGUAUAUACUAUAAAGUAAUAUUAUGUAAACCUUUAAACUCUCAUGAA